AGCGUGCGCUCAGCGGUGGUGCGCCAGGCUUGUGUCUGUUUGAUAGGAACACGGGGCGUUGAGUAGACUUGCUGGGGCAGGAAGUUCUCCUUCAGUCCUUGAGAGCAUUGGAAGGCUGUGGGGGACUGCGGUGUCAGCUCUCAUUCCUGUUUCCUCUUGUUGGCAGAGCCCUUUGGAGCAGCCCACACUCCUCCUUGCUGCUCUGGGCUCCUGGCAUGUGAUUGUGGAGUAGGCAGCCAGUUGUCAGAGCGUUUCUUUUCUCCUGUGAAGCAGGAACCCCUUCCUUUUCUCGACUGUAUCGUGUAUUGCUUUGGACUUGUCUUCCUCUUUCUCAAAGCCCGUUUUUGUGUCCUUUUCUCCAGCCAUGAAUUUGAGUCUGAGCAGAUUCCGGAGCUAACCGUCCGUGACGUUCACAGCGUGAGCUCCCUGUGCAAGAUGUACUUCAGGGAGCUCCCGACCCCUCUGCUGACCGAGCAGCUGUAUGGCAAGUUCUCGGUAAGCACAAGGCAAUGGCUUUCAUGUCCCUCUUCCCUGGGCCUCUUGGCAUGGCCUGUCACAUACACACACACCUGCGCACCUCAUGGUCUUUUUUUCUGAUUUUCUGUUAGCCCCAUGAGGUAGACUCGCAUGUCUCUGCCACAUCCUGCAGCAUACUGAUGCCAGCACUUUUGGUGCUCAUUUCUGGAGGUGGUCAUUUCUGUAUUCACAAAGCUUGCGAGAAUUCCCGUUCUUUUGCUAUUCCCCAACUAUUUCUGGAACGGGAAUGGGAUUAAUAGCACAGGUUCCUGGGAGAUGAAUGCCCACUGCGAGGAGCUGAGGUGCACAAUCAGUCAGGCUGUAAAGCGGCCCAGUGCUUGGACUGCUUGGCCUCAAUGGCACCAGCUGAGUGCCGCUGUGUUCCCCAGGUUUUCUGCCUGUUGGAAGGCAUAAAAUCCACCUCGGUGCUGAGCAACAGCGUUCUGUCUUCAAAGUUGCCGAGCCUGCGGCAGGUAUCUCUACUGAUCUGUGUCUAAAUCCCUCUCUGCUUUCUUCCAGGAUGCUGUUUGUGCCGCUACAGAUGAGGAGCGGUUGCUCAGAAUGCAGGACGUCAUCCAGCAGCUGCCCGCGCCUCACUACAGGUCAGAAAACCGCUGCCCUCAGUCUGGUGAGCUCAGCCCUGCUGCAUUUCAGAGGGCGAUGAUGCGAUGGCAGGCUUUGUCUCACGCUCGCAGCGUGAUGCCUGUGUGUGUGUUGAAGUGGUUGCUGGCUCCGUGGGGUUGAUGGAUUGGGUCAGUUCCUGGGCACGGGGGCACGGCUGGUGCAGCUGAUGGCUGCGUCUGUGCUGUGCUGGGGCUUGGUGCUGCAGCGUGGCACCUGGGAAAGCUUGAUCUGCUUCCUAUUCCGUGACAGUAGCAAGAACAAGAACUGGCGUGUCUUGAGGUUUGUUUUGUGAAUUGCAGGACGGCGUGCUCAGUGGUGCUGAAGGUUUGCCUCUUGCUUUCCAGGACACUGGCGUACCUGAUGAGACACUUGGCUUGUCUCGCUGGGAGCUGCUCUGCCACAAAGAUGCCCGCUAAGAACUUAGCGAUUGUGUGGGCUCCCAACCUCUUCAGAUCCCAGCAGAACGAGUCUGCCUGCGCCAGUGGACGAGCUGCCUGCAUGGAAAUGCAGAGGCAGUCGGAUGUGGUAGAGUUCAUCAUCAGCCACACAGACGUCCUCUUCUGCUCCACAUCAGGCAUCGGAGAUGGAGCAGGGCACAGUUCUCCAUCAGGGCCCAAGUCUGCGGAGGUGUCUUCUCCCGACACCAGGCUGCUCACUGUGGAGGAGGCACAGGCACAGAGGCGAGGCCACAGCAGCUCUCCCACACUGACGCACAGCAGGGACAUCGAAGUGGAAGAAGGCCCCGCAGCUGCAGGGGGUAAAUUCCACACAGUCAUCGACUUUCCGUCUGAAAGACGAAGCAAGGUGAAGGAACCAGCAGCUGGCAGUUGGUGUUCCUGCUUCAGGCCGAGAAAACCAUCCUCUGCGGCCAAGCGCCAACUGCAGCGCAAUGCCAGGGAGCCCUCAGAAACAGAGGUGGUGGUCCUGGCAGGGGAAUUGAGCCCUUGUCCACCCAGAAGAGCCACAGCAAAUAGCGAUGGUGAUCUGUGUGCUUCCAUCAGCGGUGAGCUGCUAGGAAGCACAAAUUGCUGCAGUUCCAAUGACAGCCUUCCAUGCGACAACAGUGAUGGAGAGAAGGAGCUCAUUCAAGUGGAAGCUCUCAUUUCUCCCAGCUGCGCAGAAGACUCUGACCUGAUCCUGCCAGACACAGCAGUCACCGACCUGGACUGUGACGGGGCGUCACCGCAGUGCAGCCCAGCCCAAGCACAGCCCGAGUGCCCCGACAGCAGCACCUACAUGCAGGAUCAGGUCAGCGUCAGCGAGGAGGAGCCGAGCCUUGUGGAGGGGGACUUAGAAUCAGAGCUCCAGUCCCAGGCACCGGGCAGCAGCACAAGCUCUGAGCCCCUCUCUCCUUAACGAGAGAGGAUGAGUGCCAUGUGUCCACCGGACCUGUCACGCCCUCCUGGCUUUUAGUGAAUAAAAGCACUCUCGUGCUGGAUCAACGCCUUGACUGCAUUCUGAGUCUUCAUUCACACAGGGAUUGGGAUGGAUACGACAAACAGCAAGGCACCUCAGCUUGCAAGGCUAUGGCUGUGGGCUCUGCAUGCAGCACAGCUCCAGGUUUGUUCCCGCUUUGUCUGGCCGUGGGAUGUGUGCAACGAGAGCUCUGCUCCCAUUGUGUAUGGUAGCAAAUAAUCUCGAGCAUCCUGGAUGCUGCUCGUGAUCACCCCAAGCUUGCUGGCUGUGGCUUUGUGAUGCUUUUGAGGGCUUUUGGAUGCUCUUGGAUGCCUCAGCUGCUUUCGACAGCUCUCUCCUCCCCCUGUGUCCAUUCCUGGCUGCCAGCUACGAGCUGGCCCUGCAGAGCAUCUCCAGCCCUGUCAGCAUCACCAUUCAGCUGCGGCAGGAGGAGCUCAUCUUGACCAACACCAGGCAGUACUGCUUGGUCUGCAGGUUAGCUGCCAUUUAACUGUCGUCCUCUCUUGCAGAAGAAGAAUCCAACAGCAGAACCUUUUCCUCAUCUGCAGCACACAAAUGCUUUAAAAGCAGAAACAACCCAGGAAGCCCUGGGUUUGCGAGUCUGCAUGGACAUGCACUGACUGUGUUGAUGGUGCUCUGCUAUCCUUUAUUUCCUUCUCCUUGCUUGACCGUAUGCUGCUCAGGAAUGGAAACCUGCAUGUCCCACAAUUCCCUGGAACCCAACUUAGGUGACUGGUUGCCUGAACAGGUAAGGACCAUUUACAUAUACAAAUCUUUUCCAUUGCACAGUAUGGCAGUGCUCCCAGACUUUGUUAUGGCUCUUUAGGGCACCUUCCAAGCUGUGUGUCAUUUUCCUGUCACCUUUCCCUUGCUUUCCCUGAGGUUUUGCCUUGCUUUGCCCUUUUAUUCCUGCUACCUUCUUCUGUGUUGCUCAGGUGUUGCAGUUCCUUUGUGAAUAUCAAAUCCUGAAGCACUGCCACUCCA